AUGGAUUCUUUUGAGUACACGCCUUUAGAAAACGCUUCCAGUGAUAUACGCCUAGUAUCUCUGCAAUAUGAUAUAGAGAGUGCUAUUCAUUGUCGACUGGACGUCGUUAAUGCCGAUCCUUUGGCGGACCUUUACCCUAAAUACGUAGCGAUCUCAUACGUAUGGGGCGAUGGUUCAGACCUCGUACCACUGUCCCUGAAUGGAAGACGGAGAAUGGUCUCAAGGAACUUGCAUAUUGCCCUACAAUAUUUCAAACGAAUGCGGUUUCGAAAUUGGCUAUGGAUUGAUGCACUUUGUAUCAACCAGGAGGACCAAGCGGAAAAGAGCCACCAGAUAAUGCGUAUGCGGUCUAUCUACGAACGAGCAGCUGGGGUCGUAGGCUGGCUAGGCCCGGAAUCGCCUAAAAGUACUGUGAUAUUCAGCACGCUGGAGACUUUGGCUAUCAAAUCGGCACAGGCCACGACACAGAUCAGUACGUCUGAAAGGCCUCUACCAGUUUUAAUGCGGCGAUAUCGGAAUGGACAGAGCGUGCCAGAGGCUGUAGAGCAUCUGGGUUUGGAAAUCGAUCGGAUGUUACGGACGGGAGAUCUCCCAAGAUCCGAGACGACACAGCUGUUUUCUCGGCCGUUUUGGACUCGAAUAUGGAUUCUUCAAGAGGUCUCAGCAGCUCGCUCGCUAGGCUUUUACUGCGGAAUUGACACGAUUAGUGCGUUCUAUUUUAUCUGGGCAUUUAUGGCAUGUAUGGCUUUUUUCGAAGGCCUUGAUGGCAACUCAGAACAUCCGUAUCAAUGGCUCGAAGUACACGGCUGCCCUCCUCUGACAAUGGUAAAUGGACUGAUAGGAGCAAUCAUGAAUAAUGAAUUCGGAGCCUCUCUCCCAGCCGAAUCUUUGAUGGAAAAUUUACAGCAGGUCAAAGGUCGCUGCCAAGCGACUGAUCCGAGAGAUAUGAUUUUUGCGCUUUUGGAGAUUUGCUCCGAUGCUAAGGCCGCAGGGAUCACGGUUGAUUACACUACGACAACGGAGGCACUGUACACAGCUGUGGCCAGAUACCUUUUCAAAUGCAUCGGCGUAAAGUUGAUUACGUUGGCUGAGUCGAAUGGACCUAAUAGCUCAACACUUCCGUCAUGGGUUCCUGACUGGCGAAGUGAGCCCCUGCAAAGUCUUUCGGCCUGCACAAAAACAUGGUGUUGGCCAGAGGAGUUAAUUGCACGUCAUUCUAGCCCUUGCUUCAGUGAGCCUUCCAUGUUGGUACUCCAAGGAAUUCAAUUCGACGUGGUCAGCGAAGUCGGAGAAGCAUGGAAUGCAAGAUUCUCUGGUCAUCCCUUUGCCGCUCUAUGCCACUGGUUCGAAAAACUUGAAGAGCUUGCUAGUCGCGCUAGCACUCUAGACUUCAAGAGAGAAGGAAGUGUAGCAGUUAUGGCAGUGUCACUUGGUAGGGAGUUGAUUGAGGAAAAAGUUGAAGAUUAUGAAGAAAUGAGACAUUUCUCACGAUCUUCAGCAGUUGCGGAUGACAACAUACACCGUCAAGAACAGGUUAACUCGCUACUCAAAAAAAAUGUCAGAUAUAUAUAUUCGUUCGAUGGGGUAUGCCGCUGGUGGAAGGCGAACGUUGUUAUCAGAAAAAGGGUAUCUUGGUCUUGGUCCCAGAGCGGUGAAAAGAGGGGACUUGAUUGUGGCGUUCGUUGGAGCUGA